CUCUCUCUCUUCUACACUCUGAGCUCAAGCGAUUACCUCCCAUGGGAAAAAUCUCUGAAGUGAUUAUUUAGCUCUUUUUUGUCGGUUCUGCAUCCAUUUUUAUGGAUCUUGGAGUUCGGUUUCAAGGGUCGGUUUCGGGUCAUGAAAACGGGUCUCCGGUUCAAUCAGAACUCGGAUCUGGUUUUGGCAACAAGCAAGAAAGAUCCGGUUUCGACGGUGAAGAUUGCUGGAGAAGCUCGAAGCUUUCAAGAAUAUCAACAGAUGGUUUCUCUUCCUCACCCGCUGCAACCAAUAAAACUCUGUCGUUUCAUCAAGGCAUACCUCUCUUGAGAUCUACCUCUAUCGACCCUCGCAGACAAGAACAUAUGCUUAGCUUCUCCUCUGCUUCCGACAAAUCAGAUGUCUCGCCUUAUCUUCAGUACUGUAGAAAUUCAGUGUCAGGAUAUGGUUUAGGAGGAAUGAUGAACACAAGCAGCAUGCAUGGAAGCUUGUUAACUGGAGUAAAAGGACCUUUUUCAUUGACUCAAUGGGCUGAGCUAGAGCAACAGGCGUUGAUCUACAAAUACAUCACAGCCAAUGUCCCUGUGCCAUCUAGUUUACUCCUCUCUCUCAAGAAAUCCUUUUUCCCUUAUGGAUCCUUGCCUCCUAAUUCUUUUGGGUGGGGCUCUUUUCAUCUGGGCUUUUCCGGCGGCAACAUGGAUCCCGAGCCAGGGAGAUGUCGCCGGACAGAUGGAAAGAAAUGGCGGUGCUCGAGGGAUGCUGUUCCCGACCAAAAGUACUGUGAACGACACAUUAACCGAGGUCGCCAUCGUUCAAGAAAGCCUGUGGAAGGCCAAAAUGGCCACAAUACUAAUCCCGCCGCCGCUUCUACCGCCGCUGCUGCGUCCAAGGCGGCGGCGAAUACGGUUGCUGCGAUGCGUGGAUCAGAUAAUAACAAUAGCCUCACUGCCGUGGGAACUCAACAUCAUGCCAAUCCUACAGAUUCAUUGGCUAACAGAGUUCAAAACUCUCGAGGAGGCUCGGUUUUUCCUGCCACGAUGAACUUACAACCAAAAGAUUCUCAUCAGAAACAAAGCAAUAACCCUUUUGAAUUCGGACUCAUCUCCUCUGAUUCGUUACUUAACCCGUCAAAUAAACAACAACCGUCUUACGCAAACUCGUCCAAAGGCUUUGGAUCGUAUCUUGACUUCAGCAACCAAGCAAAGCACUCGGAGAAUCACAACAAUGUCGAUUCUUGGCCAGAAGAGCUGAAAUCUGAUUGGACUCAGCUCUCAAUGUCAAUCCCCAUGACUCCAUCUUCCCCUGUUCAAGAUAAACUAGCUCUCUCGCCUUUAAGGCUAUCUCGUGAGUUCGACCCUGCGAUCCACAUGGGAUUAGGCGUCAACACUGAGUUUCUUGAGCCUGCUAAAAAGACGAAUAACUGGAUUCCUAUCUCUUGGGGUAAUAAUAACUCCAUGGGAGGUCCUCUCGGAGAGGUACUAAACAGCACGACGAAUAGUCCCAAGUUUGGAUCUUCUCCAACUGGUGUCUUGCAAAAGUCGGCUUUUGGUUCUCUUUCUAACAGUAGCUCGGGAAGCAGCGCCGUUCUUGGUGAGAACAACAACAAGAACGGCGAUGGAAAGGAUCCGCUUGGCCCGACACAACUGAUGAACUCUUCCGCUACUGGUCCUUCUCUGUGAGAUUGUAUAACUAGGACGAUGGCGAAAACAAACAAAAAACAGAACACUCUGUUUCUCUGUUUCUGUUUUAUUACUUGGUGCAUUGUUGUUGUUGUAUUUCUUUUUAUAUAAAGCCAGAAGAAACUAAAGGAGAGAUGAGAAGAGAGAUGGGUUUUUUUUUCUUAGUCUUCUUCAAAGACCUGUUUCUUCUUUUGUCUUUCUGAUUUCUGUAUCCAUGGAUUUAUUGGUUCUUAAUCAUCAGAAUCUUGAUUUUGUUGUA